GCAACUGUUGCCCAAACCGGAACUACGUCGGUUUCCUCUCCUUAACCAGCUCAGAUUGAUAAUUUCCAUCAAAUACAUAUUAUAGUGCCAAUUCCCCUUCUUCAAAAUCCCACGAUCAGUCUCAAACGGUAAGUCUCUAAAACCCUAAUUUCAUAUAGGAAGCAAUUUGUGUGUAUAUUUCGUGCCUUUGGAUUUGUUAAAAUGGGAGCUGAAGAAGAUGGACUAAAGAAAUUAGAAUAUCUUUCUUUAGUUUCAAAAGUUUGUUCAGAGCUCGAGACCCAUUUAGGGUUCGGUGAUAAAGUAUUAGCUGAGUUUAUUACGGAGCUUGGUCGAAAGUGCGAGACAGUGGACGAAUUUGAUCGGAAAUUAAAAGAAAAUGGUGCUGAAAUGCCGGAUUAUUUUGUCCGCACAUUAUUGACCAUAAUUCAUGCCAUUUUGCCUCCUAAGGUGAAGUCCAAGUUAGAGAAUGAGUUGAGUAAGGAUGAUUCUGAAUUUUCGGCAUUGAAAAUUAGGGAUGAUAGAGAUAGAGUGAAGGAAUUAGAGAAGGAGAUUGAGUUGGAGGCAAAGAGUAAGAGGGGGAAGGAUGAGGAAGAAGAUUUUGAUAGGAAUAGGCAUGACAGGAGGCGAGAGAGGGAUCGAGAUGAUAGAAGAGAACGGGGCAAGGAUAGGCAUAGGGAUAGGGGUAGGGAUUGGGAUGAUGGGGAUAGGGGUAGGGAGAGCGAGAGGGAUAGAGACUGGGAUAAUCAUGGUGAUGAUAGAGUUGAAUAUAAGGGCCGGGAAAGGCAUAGGGAUCGGGAGCGGGAUAGGAAUAAAUAUGAGAAGAAUAGGAGAGAUGGGUAUGGGGAAGGUGAGGAGGAUGUUAUGAGGUCUGGGAGGCAUCAGGACAGGAACAAGUAUGAGAAGAACAGAAGAGAUGGGUAUGAGGAGGAUGGGAAUGAUGAAAGAAGGAAGGGGAGGUUUCCGUCGAAUGAGCUUGAGUUGUAUGGAGUGUAUAAGGGGAGGGUGUCGAGGGUGAUGGAUUCUGGUUGUUUCGUUCAGCUGAAUGAUUUUAGGGGGAAAGAAGGGUUGGUGCAUGUUUCCCAGCUUGCUACUAGAAGGGUUUCAAAUGCAAAAGAUUUGGUAAAGCGUGACCAGGAGGUUUAUGUGAAGGUGAUCUCUAUUAGUGGGCAGAAGCUGAGUCUGUCGAUGAGAGAUGUUGAUCAGACUACUGGAAGGGAUUUGUUGCCAUUGAAGAAGAGUUCGGAUGAUGAUGGAUUGAGGGCGAAUCCUUCGGGGAUGAACAAUGAGGGUUCUAAGACAAGGAUUGGUCUUUCAGGUAUCAGGAUUAAAGAGGAGGAAGAUGUUGUUCCAUCACGACGACCGUUGAAGAGAAUGAGUUCUCCCGAAAUAUGGGAAGCAAAACAACUCAUAGCUGCAGGUGUUAUGAGUGUAAAGGAAUUUCCUAUGUUUGAUGAAGAGGGGGAUGGGGUGCUAUAUCAGGAAGAGGGUGCGGAAGAAGAGCUUGAGAUUGAGUUGAAUGAAGAUGAACCCCCUUUCUUGCAAGGCCAGAGUCGGUAUUCAGUGGAUAUGUCCCCUGUUAAAAUAUUUAAAAAUCCUGAAGGAUCCUUGAGUCGUGCUGCAGCACUUCAAUCAGCUUUGAUUAAAGAGAGAAGGGAAGUGAGGGAACAGCAACAGAGAACAAUGCUAGAUUCCAUCCCGAAGGAUCUUAACAGACCAUGGGAAGACCCAAUGCCGGAGACUGGUGAGAGGCAUCUGGCACAGGAAUUGAGGGGUGUCGGUUUAUCUGCCUAUGACAUGCCGGAAUGGAAAAAGGAUGCUUAUGGUAAAGCCUUGACCUUUGGGCAGAGGUCUAAACUAUCUCUCCAGGAGCAGAGGAAGAGCCUUCCAAUUUACAAGUUGAAGAAUGAACUGGUACAGGCUGUCCAUGAUAAUCAGGUCCUUGUCGUCAUUGGCGAGACAGGUUCUGGCAAGACAACACAGGUGACACAGUAUUUAGCUGAGGCAGGGUAUACAACGAAGGGCAAAAUUGGAUGUACUCAACCUCGUCGAGUGGCUGCUAUGUCAGUGGCUAAGAGAGUUGCUGAGGAAUUUGGUUGUCGUUUAGGGGAAGAAGUUGGUUAUGCUAUCCGUUUCGAGGAUUGUACUGGACCAGAAACUGUUAUAAAGUAUAUGACUGAUGGUAUGCUUCUGAGGGAGAUUCUGAUUGAUGAAAAUUUGUCCCAGUAUUCAGUCGUAAUGCUUGAUGAAGCGCACGAGAGAACCAUUCACACUGAUGUUCUCUUCGGACUGCUUAAGCAACUUGUGAAGAGGAGACCUGACCUCCGUCUGAUAGUCACAUCUGCAACCUUGGAUGCAGAGAAAUUUUCUGGAUAUUUCUUCAACUGCAACAUCUUUACAAUUCCAGGAAGAACUUUUCCAGUAGAGGUGCUUUACACUAAACAACCAGAAAGCGAUUACCUUGAUGCAGCUUUAAUCACUGUACUACAGAUCCACUUGACAGAACCUGAAGGUGACGUCCUCCUUUUCCUGACUGGUCAAGAGGAGAUUGAUUAUGCUUGCCAGUGUCUGUACGAGAGGAUGAAAGGGCUAGGUAAAAAUGUUCCUGAACUGAUUAUUUUACCUGUCUAUAGUGCUCUGCCCAGUGAAAUGCAAUCUAGAAUUUUUGAUCCUGCCCCUCCUGGGAAGAGAAAAGUGGUUGUUGCUACGAAUAUUGCUGAAGCUUCAUUGACUAUCGAUGGUAUAUAUUAUGUUAUUGAUCCUGGAUUUGCAAAGCAAAAUGUGUACAAUCCAAAACAGGGGCUUGAUUCUUUGGUGAUAACUCCAAUUUCACAAGCAUCAGCAAAGCAACGAGCUGGGCGUGCUGGAAGAACAGGACCUGGUAAAUGCUACCGCCUAUACACGGAGAGUGCGUUCCACAAUGAAAUGUCUCCUACUAGCAUCCCUGAAAUCCAGAGGAUAAAUCUUGGGAACACUGUACUUAUGAUGAAAGCUAUGGGAAUUAAUGAUCUUUUGUCGUUUGAUUUCAUGGACCCUCCUUCCCCUCAGGCUCUGGUAUCAGCCAUGGAACAGUUGUAUACUCUUGGAGCACUGGAUGAAGAGGGGCUCCUAACAAAAUUGGGAAGGAAAAUGGCAGAAUUUCCAUUGGAUCCUCCUUUGUCCAAGAUGCUCCUCGCCAGUGUGGACCUUGGUUGUAGCGAUGAGAUCUUGACCAUCAUUGCAAUGAUUCAAACUGGCAAUAUCUUCUACAGACCAAGAGAAAAACAAGCUCAGGCUGAUCAGAAAAGAGCCAAGUUUUUUCAGCCUGAGGGUGAUCAUCUGACCUUGCUUGCUGUUUACGAGGCUUGGAAAGCCAAAAACUUUUCUGGGCCAUGGUGUUUUGAAAAUUUUGUUCAAUCUCGAUCUCUUAGGAGGGCACAAGAUGUCAGGAAACAACUCCUCUCCAUUAUGGACAAGUAUAAAUUGGAUGUUAUGAGUGCCGGAAAAAACUUUACAAAGAUCCGCAAGGCUAUUACAGCAGGUUUCUUUUUUCAUUCUGCCAGAAAGGAUCCUCAAGAGGGUUAUAGAACCCUUGUUGAAAACCAGCCCGUUUACAUCCAUCCUAGCAGUGCACUUUUUCAAAGACAACCGGACUGGGUUAUUUACCAUGAGCUGGUGAUGACAACUAAGGAAUACAUGCGUGAAGUCACUGUUGUAGAUCCGAAAUGGCUUGUGGAAUUGGCGCCGAGAUUCUUCAAAGUGUCUGACCCAACUAAAUUGAGCAAGCGCAAGAGACAAGAACGCAUUGAACCCCUUUACGAUAGAUACCAUGAGCCUAACUCAUGGCGGUUGAGUAAAAGGAGAGCUUGAUCUUUUUGCUUUUUCUAUUUUUCAUGGGUUAAUGCUGUGACCUUAACCACUUGUUUGUUCGGUGUAAAAGAAUAUUGUUCUAUUUUAAAGUAUAAUUUUGGUCUUA